CUAUCAUCAAGUGGGGGUGGAGACUCACAGAUUCUCCAAAAACACAAAGAUUGUCCUUGUGCCAGCACAGUACUUUCUGUGUGUUUGUGAAUCAGAGAAGUUCAGGCUAGUUGACCGAGAACCUUCUUUCCAGAUGCAUGUGUACAUGUUGCUCACCAUUGUCUGGACCUUGCGGGCUGUUGGGGGCUUCAGCUCAGGCAAAGUUCAAAACAGCUGUAAUACCAUGGAACCGCAGCACAAAACCACCGGACAGACAUCUCAAGCCCCAUUCUCUAUCUCCGUGCAUCCCACCACUUUCCGGAAAGGUGAUGUCAUUGCAGUGACACUCCAAGCAGGACCCAACCCGUUCAAGGGCUUCCUCUUACAAGCCCGCAGAGUCGGCCAGACCAAGCCUCUGGGCACUUUCACUGUGAGAAAAAGUGAUGCUCAGCUUCUUAACUGCAGUGGGCUUAAUAACUCAGCAGUUUCCCAUACGUCUGCCUCACUCAAAACAUCAGUGACAGCUCUGUGGACGGCUCCUGUGACAGGAAACCUAGGAAACAUUACAUUCAGUGCUACCUUUGUUCAAACUGAAAAGGUCUAUUGGACUCAAGUCAAAAGUUCUGUGGUUAUUUAUAAUGCUAAACCUCUUCAAAAUACAAGCACAACAGCUCCAUCUCUUAUAACCAUAUCUAGCAAUGGCUGUGGAGCCAGCAAGGUCUGCCUGAGUCAGCCAGAUAACUGUAACCCCGCCACCAGUUCCAGCUGCUACUUCAUGUCUGUAGUGAUGUCAUCCAACAGUUCAGACCUUCAUAUGGAAAUAUCUGGCCCAUCGGACGGUUAUGUCUCCAUUGGAUUUUCUUACGAUCUGUUUAUGGGAAAUGAUGAUAUUUAUAUUUGCAUUUACAAUCAAGGACAAGUUCAAGUGCAACGUGCCCAUUCCACAGGGAUGAAAACCCCAGAUAUCAUAGCCCAGAACAUUUCUGACAUAAGCGUGUCUUAUGCCAAUGGAGUCAUCAGCUGCACCUUUACUUCCCACGACCCCAUCUCCUUUUAUAGAAGCUCCACACCGACCACCUCCUCCUAUCUCUUCUACGCCUAUGGACCCGUUAGCGGAGGCUUAAUCCAGCACCAUAAAGAUAAAUUCACAAGAAAAGGCAGAGUUCAGCUUACACCGUCUGUUACGGGGACAGUGGAUGAUCUUCGUCCUGCCAAAGCACACGGUUCAUUAAUGCUGAUAGCUUGGAUGACCACUGGGAGUCUGGGCAUGAUCAUUGCAAGAUACCUUAAAAGAGCCACCAAAGGGAGAGGCUACUGGAACAGAGACCUUUGGUUUUUGGCACAUGUGGGCCUUUUGUCCUUGUCUUACAUUCUUACCAUCAUUGCCUUUAUCUUGAUCUUUGCAAAUGCAGGGGACUGGUUUGACAACCCACAUUCAGUUCUGGGCUGUUUAGUCAUGAUUCUGACCUUCUUCCAACCAAUUGUGGCUAUUUUCCGAUGCCAGCCCAGUCACAAGUGGAGGUACAUUUUCAACUGGAUACAUGCUUUGAAUGGCCUGACAAUUAAAGGCUUGGCAGUGGGUGCCAUAUUUACUGGCCUACAACUGGUGGACACAUCGCCAAACCAGUGGCUCCCCAAAGUGAUGGGAGGCUUUGUUGGCUGGGAGGCUUUGUUCUUCCUGCUCUUUGACUUCUAUGCUCAGUGGAGCAAAAACUCCUCCUACCACAGGCAGUCGCAGGUGAAGGAGAAUGAGGAAGCCUUCAGAGCCUGGGCCAGGAGGGGGCGCUCCACACGCUUCAUGUUCCUGGACCCCAGAAGCUCACUCCGCUCAAACCUGGCCCAAGAGCAGCCAUGUCAUCGGACCCCGGUUGAGAUAAGAUCGCGCAUCCGGCCGGAACACUGUGCUGGGUUGCUCAGCAUGUUUGGCUUUGUCCGCCAUCCUGAUGUCUUGGCCUUACUCCACUCGCCAUCUCCAGCCAUCACGUCGGCUCCUGCCUUGCAGUCCCCGUUGUCAUCGUCAUCAUCCUCAGUGGCCUCCAAGAGGCUGCUGUAG